AUGUCCACCUCCAUCAGCACAAAACCCCCCUCCCCAAACCCCCUCGAAGGCUUCCCCGACCCAACCACCAUGCCCGCCCCCGCCUACCUCUCACGCCUCUGCACCCUCCUUGUCUCCUACCUGAACGACCACCCGAUAACCGACUACAAGCCCGUCAUGGAAAAAUACCUCUCCCCCAACUUCAGAUACGAAUCCGAAGGCCCCAACGCCUUCCUCAACGCCACCACCCGCGACGAAUACUACGCCCACCUCGUCGCACUCACCCAAGACGCCCCGAACCUGCGCGUCGAGCCGACGGAUAUUUUGGUGGAUGUGGAUGAGGGGAGGGGCAAGGCGACGUUGAGGAGUACGAGUGCCGUGAAGGCGGUUUUUGAGACGAGUAGUGCCAUUGUGAGGGAGUGUGUGGAGGUUACGAGGUGGACGAGGCGCGCGGAUGGGGAGUGGGUUUGUGAUCGGUUGACGUUGAUGACGGGGCCGGGGAGUGCGAUGUUUGAUGUUUGA